AUGGCGGAAGGUGCUGGCACAAGGCCAAAGGAGGCUCCCUGCCUGCCCUGCUCCCCUCUGGCUCAGUUGCAGCAGCGGCAGCAGCGGCAGCCCCUUCAGGAGCGCUACUGCCUGGGUUCCCUGCUGGGGCGCGGAGGAUUUGGCAGCGUCUGGUCAGCGACGCGGCUCUCGGACGGCGCCCCGGUGGCCAUCAAACGCGUGCCGCGGGAUCGCAUCCGGCACUGGGGCGAGCUGCCCGACGGCACCAGCGCGCCCCUGGAGAUCGUGCUGCUGGCCAAGGUGUCCUGUGGGUGUGCUGGUGUCAUUCAGCUCCUGGAGUGGCUUGAGCUCCCCGACAGCUUCUUGAUGGUGCUGGAGCGUCCAGAACGGUGCCAGGAGCUGUCGGAUUUCCUGGCGGAGCGGAGGUUCCUGCCGGAGGAGGAGGCGCGGGGGCUGUUCCGCCAGGUGCUGGAGGCCGUGCGGCACUGCACCAGCUGCGGGGUCCUGCACAGGGACAUCAAGCCCGAGAACAUCGUGCUUGACCUGGCCAGCGGGCAGCUGAAACUGAUCGACUUUGGCUGUGGCGCUUUCCUCCAAGACACAGCCUACACCCAGUUUGCAGGAACCCUGGCCUACAGCCCUCCAGAGUGGACCCAGCACCAAAGCUACCAUGGCGAGGCAGCGACGAUCUGGUCCCUGGGCCUCCUGCUGUACCAGCUGGUCGUGGGGAAGCACCCGUUCAGGAGGGGCCAGGAGAUCAUCUGGGGGCGCAUCUUGUUCCCACCACGGCUCUCUCAAGAGUGCCAAGAUGUCAUUAAGAGGUGUUUGUCCAUGCAACCCUUGGACAGGCCAUCAUUAAAAGAGCUUUUCUGCCAUCCUUGGGUGCAGGGCGUUCCUCGGCCCUAGAAGAUGAGAGAGAUCCAUGUGCACAGUUGGAUCCAGGAGCCUGGCAGGGAAGGAGAAGGAGCUCCUGGAGAAGCUGUACCAGGUGGGGCUGCUGCUGGAGACAGCAAGGACAACCUCAAGGACGACAAUCUCUUCCUUGGCCUGGCCAGCUGAAGAUGAUGGACUUGGAUUCUGGCAGCUUCUCUAAAGACACACUCCACACCCAAUUUGCAGGUGAGUUCCACAGCCAGGGGGAUGCUCCCAGAUCUGGGCAUGGCAUGGCCUGGCUGGGCACCAAAGGUUCCCCCCUUUGCUGGGAGGGAUGCAACAAA